AUGGCCUCCGCACCACUCCUUGAAGAGCUCAAGAAGCGUCGCACGUACUACAACAUCUCGAACAAGUCCCCCAUCUCCGACGAACGCAUCAAGGAGAUUGUUCAAGAAAUCGUCCUCCACGUCCCAUCCUCUUUCAACUCGCAGACGAGUCGCGUUGUCGUCCUCCUUAAGGAAGACCACGAAAAGCUAUGGGAUAUCACCGCUGAGGUCCUCAAGCCCAUUGUCCCCGAGGCAUUUUGGUCGAGGACCGCGACGAAGCUCGAGAGCUUCAAGAUCGGCUACGGCACGGUCCUUUUCUUCGAAGAUCAGGUCGCCGUGCGCAAACUCCAAGAUAGCUUCCCUCUCUACCAAGAUAACUUCCCAGGAUGGGCAGAGCAAACGUCUGGCAUGAUCCAGCUCGCGUUGUGGACUGCGUUUCAGAUGGAAGGUCUCGGCGCUUCGUUGCAGCAUUAUAACCCUCUCAUUGACCAGAAGGUCAAGUCGGAAUGGAAUGUCCCCAUGGCAUGGAACCUCAUCGCACAGAUGCCCUUCGGUACACCCACGGCACCCCCGCUGGACAAGGACUUCAUCCCCAUCGAGCAGCGAGUUAUGGUUUACGGGCAGUGA